AUGGAAAUCUUAUGGAGUGAGAAGUUACAUAAUGCUACCAUUGGAAAACUUGAGAUUCAGCAUAUCAACGUUGGAUCGGAAGAAAUCAAUUCUAAAAAAGUUGAUAUUUUAACGCUUAUAAAUCAUGCACAAAAAACUUUAGAAAAGGAUUUGAUCUUCUAUUGCAAGGCUAAAGUGGAUGCAAUUAUGAGUGAAAAUAGUUGGUAUUAUAUCUCAUGCCCAGCAUGUAAAAGACGUAUCACUCUAAGGAAAACAGAUUUUUGGUGCAUUCCUUGUGAGAAACAAAUUGAAAGGCCCAUCCCAAGAUAUCGUUUGGAGCUUAGUGUUUUCGGUCAUAGUGGGUCAACAAUAUUUGUAGUUUUUGAUGAAGAAAAUAAGAAACUAAUAGGACAAGAUGCAAAUACUCUUUUUGAGGCUCAUACUUAUGAAAAUAUUAAUGAUCAUAAUGAUGAUGAUAAUGACAAUGAAGAUGACGAUACACAAAUUCCAAAGAUGAUUGGAAAUAUCAUUGGAAGAGAGUUAGUGUUCAAAGUUAAAAUCACCGUUUAUAAUCGUACAACAAUUCGACAAACUUUUACGGUGAUGAGAAUUUUUGAUAAAAGUGUCAUUGAGAAUAAAGAUGUCAUAAAAGAUAAUGAAGAUGCUUCAAAAGAUGAAGUUACGGUCAUUGAAGAACCCGCAAAACGCCCAUUUAAUAAUAUCGAUUCAACGAAGAAGGAUCAUGAUUUAUCCGAGCAAAGCACAUCAAAGAAGAUAAAGGUUUAG